AGCCGGCGCCUUGUUCGCGCAUACGAGUGUGUACGUACGGUGGUGUGGUUCGGUCGAGCAACAUCAAACGGAAUCCUGAAGCUGGCCGUGGUUGUGCUGCUGCCUCACCGCCGACGAUAGCAGCUAGCGCACUGUAACGAUCCGAUCGGGUUCGACGCGCGGUGUGUGUGUUUAUCAAUACGCACGCGUGCGCGUACUCGCGUAUCAACGCCUUCACCACCACCUGCCACUAAAAAGAUAGUUGGUGUGUGUGUAUGUGAGAGAGAGUGUGUUGGAGUGCAAUUGUAGUGUGUCCUAGUUGUGUGUGAUCGUGUAAUCCGCCAGGUAGAAGGGGCAAUUGUGUGGAAUUUUUGAAUAUUCGUUGUUGCACUAUUAAUUGGUGCAUUAAGAAAAUCUUCGUGAACUGUGUGAUAUGAAGUGAAAUUAAUUUUGCGUGCGGAAAUUGAAGUGCAUUUGAAUCAUCUGAAUCGUUAGUGGCAAAUGGAAACAGUGGCAAAUUAUCAUCAUUGACAUUUAUACGAAUAUUUGCAACGCGACCAACGGAUCGGUUCUACUUUGCAAAAGUCCCACACGGCAGACGAACACUCCGAUCGCGAGACGGAUCACGGUCGGGACGGUGAGUCGAGCGACGAGGGCGUUAAUGUGAAUCGCCCGUCGCCGGACGCAAAGAUGACAUCCGGCAUGGAGUUUGGCAGAAGUCCAGACCAUCACUCGGAGCUAAGCCAGGCAACGGCCGCUGCAGCAGCGGCAGCCGCAGCAGCAGCCGCAGCCGCCCAGUUCGGGGCCAACCAUCCGCUGGGCGUGCUGAGCAAUCUGACUGCGCUCAACAUGAACGUACCGGGGCUGUCCGGGCUGGCGUCGGGGCUGGCUGCGGGACACCAUGGGGACGUGCUCGAAAAGCUGAAGAUGCAGGUGCGCGACAUGAAGGUGGGCGCACUGAUGGGCGAACAAAUGGCGGCUGACUUUGCGGCGCUCCAUGCUGCCUCGUCGCCGUUCGGGGCCGCUCUCGCCGCCAGCACUGCCAACGGAGCCGGCAACGGCAUGGGCAUGUUCGGUUCCGGUAGAGAUGAUGCACGGGGUGGAAGUGGUGGGAGUGGUUCUAGUGGUGGUUCUAUGAAUGUUGGUAGCGGCGGAGGAGGAGGAGGUGGAGCUGCUGGAGGAGGUUCACAAGCGCAGACGGGGCCACAGAAUGGGAGCAAUUUUUCCUUCACCCUUCCGAAUGCACCGAUCAGCAAGGAUGGCAAUCCCGGUUCCAAUUCGUCAACCUCGAGUGAAACGUCGAACUCGUCGCAACAAAACAACGGCUGGAGCUUCGAAGAGCAAUUCAAACAAGUACGACAGCUGUACGAAAUCAACGAUGACCCGAAGCGGAAGGAAUUUUUGGACGAUCUGUUCCUGUUCAUGCAAAAGCGAGGCACACCCAUCAACCGUUUGCCGAUCAUGGCCAAAUCGGUGCUGGAUCUGUACGAACUGUACAACCUCGUUAUCGCACGCGGAGGGCUUGUCGACGUUAUCAACAAAAAGCUGUGGCAAGAAAUCAUCAAAGGACUGCAUCUACCUUCCAGCAUCACCAGCGCUGCAUUUACCCUACGAACACAGUACAUGAAGUAUCUCUAUCCGUACGAGUGCGAGAAGAAGAACCUGAGCACACCGGCAGAACUGCAGGCGGCCAUCGAUGGAAACCGGCGCGAGGGUCGUCGCUCUAGCUAUGGCCAGUUUGAUUCGCCCUCAGUGCAACGUUCGCCGAUUCCGCAAGGCAUUUCGCAGAUGCCGCCCCUGUCGCUGGUGUCGCACGUCAACCAGCAGCAGCACCAUCACCGGCUGCUGCCACCGGUCGGCCAAAUACCGAACAUGCUGCCGGCCGAGUUCGAGCAGCGCAUGCUGAACUACAUCAAGAUGUUCCAGCCGAAGGAGAUGGGCCGCUCGCAGAGCCCGGACAAGCUGUCCGCCCUGAACGCGAUCGACAUUUCGCGCGUUGCCCUGUGGAACAUGUACAACCCCAGCCCGAACAGUCCACCGAACUCGCUCAACACUAGCCCGGAAAACAAUAUGCAAAGUGCUCUCGAUCUGUCGGAAUCGCCCGAUCACGCAAUGGCAGCGAUCAAGCGCGAACGGGACCACCCGGUCGACUUUAGCGAUCCGCGUGACUACGGCAACGGGCUGGGACCGCCGGCCAAGCGCAGCCACCAUCAUCACCACUCGCACCAUCACAACCGCUCGCUAACGCCCCAGAAGCUAAACAGUUCCUCGCAGGACGAAGAUGACGCCCGGUCGGACAGUACACCGGUCAACCUGCGCGAGAAUGGGUCGCACGGACGUCGUGCCACGCUCGACGACGACGGUGACGACGAGGAGGACGAAAUGGAGGACGAAACGACCGACGAGGACAUGCUGCGGGCAUCGUUUGCUGCGGCCGCCGCCGCCGCUGCCGUCAACCAGCACCCGCUCGCGCUCAGCCUUGCCGAUCACCAUCUUCAGCAGCAGCAGCAGCAGCAACAACAGCAGCAGCAGCAACGUGAGCGAGAACGUAUCCAGCAGCAGGUGGUCGCCCAGCAACAGCAGCAGCAGCAGCGCGAACAGCAACACAGUCUCGCCACGCUCGAUCUGAGCAUACUGGACCGCGAGCGGCUACGCUGUGACAGUGCCGACAAGCUGAAGCGCCAAAGCCAACAACAGCAGCAACAGCAGCAACAGCAACAACAGCAGCAGCUGUUGGAUCAGCAUCAUCUGCACCAAAGGCAAUUGCAGCACCAGCAGCAGGCGCGUGUUGCGCGCGAACUGCGCAAGCACGAGAACGGUGAUCGGCUCAGCCUGACGCCGGACAGCAGCGAGCUGCUGCACCACUCGAAGAAUCAUCUAUCGACGAGCGGUGGCGGUGGUGGAGCCGGUAGCGAUCCGUUCAGCUCUCCGCUUGGCAUUACCGGCAUGCAGUUUAAGCUGAUCAGUCGAGGUGACGCUAGCAAAGGCGACCAGAAGCUGGUGGUCACGAUGGAGUUCAAUGGCGUCCAGUACGAGGGUGUCCUGUUCGCGAACCCGCUCUCCUCCGCCAACCUGUCAGCGCCGCCGGCCUCGACGCCGCCCUCCUCGUCCGUGUCGGCUACCUCAGCCUCCCCGAUCGGUUCCAUGGUAUCGCCGGUCAAGUCCAGUGCCGCCGCCCACAUCGCGUCACCCCUGGACGAGCGUGAUUCGUCCGCGUCUGCGAACAUUGACGUGGCGGCGAUGGGCAGUGCACUGGCCGCAACCGCAACCGUGACCAGCAACGCCAGCAGUAAUGCCACCUGCAUCCAGCAGCAACCACUGGACGGUGCAGUAUCGCCACCUGCAGCCCUCUCGAUCACUGCACCUUCGGUUGGUGCCUCAAGCCCUGCCAGGUCGUUAGUUUCAUAGGCUGGCAAAGACGCUUCGACGACCUCCCUCCCAAGCGCUCUCUUUUCCCUUCACUCUCUCCCUCUCACUCUCUCUAUCUCUUCUUCUCUCUUUAUCAAGACAAGAGAACGGCUCGCUGAAAAGGAUAUAAAAACGAUAGGAUUACAAAAAAAGGCGCUCUCUUCUAUAUGAUCCUCACCUCGCUUCUGGUUUAAAUGCGUUACAAGUCCGCUUUCCCUCUUUGUUUGUGCCUCGAGGAGGGGAUGGGGGGGGGGGGAUUGGGAGGAUUGGAAUCUUAGCAGUAGCUCCGAUAGAGAUGCUAUUUUAUUUUUUUAAUGUAAUAAUACACACACGAAUGUUUGUAAGCAAAGGGAGUAACUUAUACUGUUAGCAAGGUUAGCGCGUAAACGAAUUGCGAUUGAUUAGGGCCGCCCCUUCCUAUACCGUUUUAUCGACUUGACAUGAUAUCCUUGUAGAGUUCACACACACACAUACACGGUUUAUGAUAUAUUAUAUACAUAGAAGGUACGUUUUUUAUCAUUUUAUCCGCAUAACGUGCGGAGUGUUAAGCGUAAGGUGAUCGUCGUUAAUUUUGUGGCUCGAAAUGUUUCUCUUAAAAAACUGUUCCAUAAUGCAGCUAAAGCAUUCGAGUGCAUGUCACAGUGUGUGCAGCAUUGUGCAAUUACGGCGAGACACUGAGAGGAGGGAUUAAGGAUAUAAGGAGAGCGAGCGCAUUAUAAAACGACUUACUCUCUAUCUCUCUCUCACAUACUGAACGAUGAUCAAAAUGUAACUGAUAGCGAACAAAAAGCGCAUCGAGAAUCGAGGAGCAAAAGAUGCAGCAGAAAAAGCUUAACAAAUAUAGUCUCUAGCCUAGGAGUGUUCGAUGGUAUAGUUUUUUUUUGUGGUAGUGUUAGUAGCAAGUAGGAAUGUUUUACGAAAAUGUCUUCUUUACUUAACUUUUAUUGCAAUGUUGUGCGUGUAUUUUUUUUUAAUUAUAUCGAACGCGUUCGAAAGCGCAUUUGGAUAGGCUUAGAGGAGGGACAAACAGAGGAGAGAGUGAGUGAGAGAGAAAUAAAGAGAGAGAUGAGAGAAAGAGAAACAGAGGCAAAUGUCCUGAGAUACUAAACCCUCGCGAACGAUUUAAUUAAGUGCUUAAGUUUUACUCUUACUGUCCCUUUUUUUAUUUCGCAUUAAAAUUGUAAACCCAUCGGAUACAUAGUUAGGUGGAGAUGGCAAAUAGUUUUAUUAUUUUUUAUAUCAUCCUUUUUCUUCCUCCUUUUGCAUUCUUCGCUACUUUUCCUUUUUUUGUUUUUAAUUUGCUCUUCUUCCGAACCAAAAAUUAUGUUUAAUAAGCCAAUUGACGAUUGCGACGUGUACGUGUUUCCUUUAACUUACACUGUGUUAAGUGUGCUUUUUUUUCUACGAACCUAUUUCCCUUAAUUACUUCUACUCUUCUCCUGUACAAACACCCUACACCGGACACUGGUGCUUAAAUAAGAAAUCAUGAACAUGAUACAGAGCUAAACAAAGCAGGACACACGUUUAUACGAAAUUGUAUUUUGUAGUUUCUUUAAUUGUGUUUUAGUGGUUCCGUUUUCUUGUUCUUUUUUUUUCUUUUACAAAAUCAGAAAGCUAGCCAAAAAGAAAAAGAAAAAAAUACGGAACGCUUAGUAGUAGUAGUAGCGCGCGUUAGUAGGGAAUUUGCUCUCGUAGUACACGACACAGGUUGGUUUAAUAAUGUAGCAAUCCAUUAGCACAGCAUACAAAAACUAUAACUUGUACAAUAUACAUAAGCGAUAGGGUGGUCGACAGAGAGACAAACAAGAGGGCAGGAAUGUGUGACGAAUGUUAAAGAAAAGAAAAGGAAAAAAAUGCAUACUGAAUCUAGCCAGAGCAAGCAAAAAUAAUGAAAAAGAAAACGGGAAUAUAUGCAACUACAUUAAUCAGCAAUCUUAGUAGCACUAUGACUAAAGCAAAAAAUAUGCAAAGCCCCCCCGAAUUAGGCGUAUAAUGUUUAUCUCUAUGCAGCUGCCGCUAAAAGCAGUAAUAGAAGUAGUUGUAGUAGUAGCAGUAGUACAGGUAGUAGUGACAGAUAGUGAUAGUGAAAUUAUUCAAAGUUGCAUAUAAUUCAUGUGGCGCUUUUUCCAGACCCACCCACAACAUCCCACAUAAGUCGGCGCUGGUAGGAUGAGUUUUUCCCUCCUGUUUCUCUUCAUUGUCGUUUCGUUAGUUGCAUACCACGUUAGGGCAUAGCAGGCGGCUCUUCAGUUUUCCGUUCCGUACCGCGGAGACGCGUCACAGUGUGUGUGUGUGUGCGUCUGCUGUUGCUGCUGCCAUGUGCGUGUCGAUGUGUACGCUCCAGUACGCGAAUGCUAGUGGAGCAGGAGGGGGGAGGGAAUGGGGGGUUCGAAGAGACAAUGUGCUCUCUGUUACACCUUUCCCUAUAAUAUUUGAAAUAAAUUAAUGCACUUGUAUUAAAACA